UAGGAAAACCUAAAAUUGACUUUGACGUUAGAUAGUGAAAUAUCAAAUAGUCAAAGGCAAUAAAAUAUACAAACAAAAAUAUUACAGAUAUGAACAAGUCUUACUUUAAAAUAUUUGAAUAAAUUUAAACUUACUUUCUUCUUAAAAGAUUUUGUUCAACAUUCUUAAGUUGUUUUAUAGAUGAGUUAUACAGAGUGAAAUAAAUGUGAUUUUAUUUAAAACAACUCGUGAUUGAAAUAAAUAUUUGCUUUAAAAUCAUCUAAUAGAUUCAACUUAAAAUGUCCUCAGAGUCGUUAAAUAUCGCCCGACGAAAGCUAAAUGAGGUGUUAGGUGAUAAGAACACAAAAUAUUUCAAUCAUAUGAAGCAGUGGUUUCGCAUGAAACUCACUAAAGAAGAAUUCGAUGCAGAAGCUCGGGUCUUGCUCAGUCCAGACCAAGUACACUUUCACAAUGAAUUUCUUCUCGCUCUUUUGAAUAAAGUCGAAGGUUUGGCUGAAACAUCGAUUUCAAUCGCUCAGGAAAGAGCUGUCUCACACAACAGAAACACCAGGCGGCAUAAACGGAAUUCCCGAACAUCUGAGAAGUCGACCUUCGAAUCUGCCGACUUAUUGGAAUAUUUACCACCCAGUUCACCUCCGGGGGCUGGCAGUGAUGGUGUCAAAUAUGCAACCCAGGAGAUAUUUUUACCCGAUCAUGCUUUGGUGGUUGGGCGGUUCAUGCUUGCUGCUUGGGAACUGGGUUUGGAAGGUGCUGACGAUGAGGCAGCGGAUCUCAUUGUCGCGGCUGUACAGAACUUCCUUAAGAACAUAAUCAGCGCUGUGGUCACACAACGGAAGGGUUAUAAGCGGAGAUAUAAGAAUUUCAUCUAUGACAUCGGAGGUGAUAUGCCAAAUAUGUGGCUAAGAAAUACAAAUAACUUGUACGAUCCACAAACAGACGGGAGGGUUAAUUUGGAUGACAGUCUCGAUGCGUUGGGUCCACGAUGCCCUCCCACCAUCGAUGAAGUUGAACAACAUGCGGCUUAUGAAAUCGCUUGCAGCGUCCCGAAUGCGGAUGUGAACGACGACAAGCUGACCAUUGAGGACUUCUAUGAGACCUUACUAACGAACAAGAAUGUUAUCGCCUGUCAUUCAAUAUACGCUAUCAAUAUGGAGAGGCUGGCCGUUAUGUUGAACCAUCCGAGCUAUUAGAUUAUAAAUAAAGAGAAAAAUACAUAAAAACAUAAAAAAUAAAA